GAAUGAGGGAAGAAAGGAAUAGUGAUUAAACUUGUAUAUCAUGCCUUUAUACUAAAGAAUCCGCAGUCAAGAGUUAUUUCUGUCCCCAAAAUGGGAUUUAUAAAGGCGUCAAUUCGAACAAAUGUGUUUAUCAAAUUGUGGAAGUAUUUGGAUCAAAUGUUUGAACCAACAGAUCACAGCUGCACGAACUCCGAGAAUCUACAGAAAUCAACAUGGACUUCCUCUGGAGUACUGAUAAGCGUUGUGUGCCAAGGCAUGAUGAUGGGAUACACAACGCGGCUGCUACCUGAACCGGGAUCAGACUCCAAUACUUACCAGCAAGAUGUAUAUUGGAUAGCUUCAAGCCCGAGCAUGGCCCUCAUCCUGGGAAUCCUGCUUGCAUCGAUCAUGAUGGAAGUUCUCGGUAGAAAAUUUGCGUAUGUAAUGCUAAUGAUACCAGGAUCCUUCAGCCUACUCCAAAUAUAUACAGCAUCAAACGGAUCAAGUAUACUAGCAGGAAAAAUGCUCAGCGGAGUCAGUAUUGGAGGGGUAGUGACAUUGGCAGCGGUCGUUAUAGGAGAAUACUCAAGUCCUGAACACAGGGACAUGUUCUUGCAUUUAAAAACAGCUGCAUUCGCUUUAGGAAACACAAUGUCUCGAAUCCUAAGUGAUUAUUACGAGUGGAAAACAAUUGCCUUUGUGAUAUUAAUUCUUAAUUUAAUUUCGACCCUUAUAGUUUCUAGUUGGCUAGAAAGUCCAUAUUGGUUAGCCAUGAACGGUGAACUAGAUACAAGUGAACGCAACUUCUAUUCCUUACGUGGUAGGAAUCAUAAUACAAAAGCAGAAUUCGAAGAAUUGAUCCGAGCUCAAUCAAAAGCGUCUUUAAAGUCUAGAGCUCCAUAUGUGGAAAUAUUUAGAAAAUUAAUCAAGCGGAGUUUUCUAAGGCCCGUUUUCAUUAUAUUUAUGUGUUCUAUGUUAUUAGAAAUUAGUGGAAGGCACAUCAUUCCUAUUUACGCUUCGAAAAUUAUAAGAGAAUUAGAAAACAAAUCCAAUCCAUCUUUAAAUCUUCGGAUCGAUAUUAUUAUCACAAUAAGUGCUUUAAUAUCAGCAACCCUUAUAAAAAUUAUGAAAACAAGAACAUUACUGUUUUCCACUGGCACUGCUUCUUUGCUAACGCUUUUCUCUGCCAAUACAUAUCUAUUCUUGUCUUCAAAUAACUUCAUAUCAAACCAUUCCUGGCUACCUACAUCGAUGUUCACUUUAUAUUUAAUUUUAGUAAAUUUAGGGUGUACAAUAAUACCUAUGGCUUUACUCGGGGAAAUAUUCCCGUUAGCACACAAAGGCACUGGCCUAUUUGUAUCUGGAAUUUUAUCCUGCAUCUGCUUCGAAGGCACUGUAAGAAUAUUUCCUUACCUACUCGCUGGCCUUAAGAUAUACACUACCUUUGCCAUUAUAGGUAUGGUAAAAACGGUGAUAUUAAUGAUUUUGUAUUUUGUGUUGCCAGAGACAAAAAAUAAAACCUUACAGGAGAUUGAAGAGAGCAUACAGUAUGGUAGAGGCGUUGCUCGAACUUUACCUGAUCAUGAUGAAACUUAUAAAAUGUUGAGUUAGUUUGGUAGAUUCUAGUCCGAUCUAGUUAUUGUAUUUAUAGUACUUGCAGCAUACAAGGCUAGCAAACAAGAACUGCCUCAAAUUGGACCGUUUUAAAUAAUGCUUGUUGUUUGUUGAAU